UCUAUAUAACAAUCCACCGUUCACUAUUUAUUAUCGGUAACAUUGCGAUUUAAAAUAAAAAAAUAACACAAAGAUGGAGUUGAAUCAAGAACAUCCUUCGUAUUACGAUGUUCUGGGAGUGUCUGUUGAAUCUUCUGAUGAAGAUAUCAGGCGGGCGUAUCGAAAGCUUGCAAUGCAAUGGCAUCCGGAUAAGUGGACGAUGAAUCCGGAGUUUUUGGGGAAUGCUAAGCGGAAGUUUCAGCAGAUUCAAGAAGCGUAUUCGGUGUUGUCGGAUCGGAAAAAGAGAUCGGCUUAUGAUGUUGGGUUGUAUGAUCCUUUGGAAGAAGAAGAUGAGGGUUUUGCUGAUUUUAUGCAAGAGAUGUCAUCCUUGAUGAAAAAUGUUAAGAAAGAGGAGAAAAUCUACAGUUUUGGUGAAAUACAAAACAUGUUUUGGGAAAUGGCAAAAAGUUUCAACUAUUCUGGUUCUUGUUUUGAUGAUGACAAUGAACUUUGGUCACAACAAAUGUUCACUUUGAAUGAUGAUCCAAGAAGUUCGAAACGAGCACGAAUCAACACGAACCCAUUUUCGGGAACGGGUAUGCAAGAAACCGAGUGCGUAUAGAAACUGGACAAUCGCGGCAUGGACCUGAACCACUGCCUCCUAUGCUAAACAGUCGGAACAAAAAUGACCGCGACUUGACCCGAGUCGGGAAUCAGGAUGAUGAUGUGAUAAGAGGGGAUGAGUGAUGUUAAUAAAGUGAAUUUGUUCGUUACACAAGUGUUGCAAAUAAUCAUCAUUUGAUACUGCAACACCAAAAUGAUAUGUUUUUUUUUGAGUUUUUCUUUCCUUCUUCACAUGUAAGGAUAUGAUUUGUAAUCUAUUUUAUAGUAUUAAUAUUAUAAGUUUUAGACUAA